GGAGGCUGUGGGGCGGAGCGGCGCAGUGCGUCGCUGUGCUGGGGUGUGAAUUCUACCUGCCUGUAUAUAUAAAUAUAGACAUUCCUCAAAGUUUAAUAUUUACCGCUUAGAAAUCCAGCCCAGAAACCGGCCACCAUGUCGAUUAUGUCCUAUAACGGUGGGGCUGUGAUGGCUAUGAGGGGUAAGAACUGUGUUGCCAUCGCUGCGGACAGAAGGUUCGGAAUACAGGCCCAGAUGGUGACGACUGACUUUCAGAAGAUUUUCCCCAUGGGGGAUCGCUUAUUCAUUGGCCUGGCUGGGCUGGCAACAGACGUACAGACCGUAUCACAGCGCCUUAAAUUCAGACUGAACCUAUAUGAGCUGAAGGAGGGAAGACGGAUCAAACCCAAAACCUUCAUGAGCAUGGUGUCCAACAUGCUGUACGAGAGGAGAUUCGGCCCCUAUUACAUCGAGCCUGUGAUCGCUGGCUUGGACCCCAAAACCUUCGAGCCUUUCAUCUGCUCGCUGGAUCUCAUUGGCUGCCCCAUGGUCACAGAGGACUUUGUUGUCAGCGGCACAUGCUCAGAACAAAUGUACGGCAUGUGUGAGUCCCUGUGGGAGCCAGACAUGGAGCCAGAUGACCUGUUUGAAACCAUUUCUCAGGCAAUGCUGAACGCAGUAGACAGAGACGCAGUGACCGGGAUGGGAGUGGUAGUGCAUGUUGUCGAGAAGGACAAGAUUACCACCAGAACACUCAAAGCUCGUAUGGAUUAAAAGCAGCUCUACACCUUGUGUUCAUUUUCAGCUCAUUCAGUAAUAACUUGUGCAUUUACAAAAAAUAAAACAAAUGUUUGCUCAUA